AUGGAAGUUUACAUAGACGACAUGCUAGUAAAGUCAUCGAAAGCAAGCAACCAUGUUUCCCAGUUACAAGAAUGUUUCAACAUCCUCAACAAUUUCGGAAUGAAACUAAACCCAACCAAAUGUACAUUCGGAGUAGCCUCUGGGGAGUUCCUCGGCUACUUGGUAACCGAAAGAGAAAUCGAAGCCAACCCAAAGCAGAUUGUAGCACUCGUCGAUACCUUACCCCCAAGAUCGGUCCGAGAAGUACAGCGUCUCACUGGGAAAAUAGCCGCAUUAAACCGUUUUAUAUCCAGAUCGACUGAUAGAUGCCUUCCUUUCUACAAAUUGUUGAAAGGAAAUAAGAAAUUCGAAUGGAACAUCGAAUGCGAUUCUGCCCUAAAAGAACUCAAGGCGUACAUCAGCGAACCGCCCGUGUUGUCUAAACCGAUUAUAUCCCGUAAUGGAGAAACUCGCACUAGCGGUAGUAACCGCCGCCAGAAAACUGAUACCCUAUUUCCAGUCUCAUUCGAUCAUAGUCAUGACGUCACAACCCGUCGAACAAUACUCCAUAGUCCAAGCCAAUCCGACAGGCUCGCAAAAUGGGCAAUCGAGCUCAGCGAAUAUGACAUAGAAUAUAAACCACGAACGAGCUCGAAAGCACAAGUACUAGCAGAUUUCAUCAUCGAGCUCGUCCCAAAGGAGGACAGCUCGAGCUCGAAUACUAAAUGGAGAUUACAUGUCGAUGGGGCAUCAUCGAAACAAGGAUCCAGAAUUGGAAUACAGCUCGAAUCCCCGUCGGGAGAAAUGAUCGAACAAUCAUUUUGCCUAGGGUUCAGCGCUUCGAACAACGAAGCUGAAUACAAAUCCCUGAUCGCGGGACUACGGCUCGCAAGAAGCGUUGGUGCCCGAGAAAUCAGCGCCUUCAGCGACUCGCAAUUAGUCACAAGCCAAUUCCACGGAGAAUACGAAGCAAAAAACGAAAGAAUGGAAGCAUACAUUUCAGUCCUGCAAGAAAUCACUCAGCAGUUCGACAAGUUCGAACUAACGAAAAUCCCAAGGGGAGAUAAUACAUCAGCGGAUGCGCUGGCCGCGCUGGCUUCAACUUCCAAUCCGGUGGUGAAAAGAAUAAUACCAGUAGAAGGGAUAGAUAAACCAAGCAUAAAUCUCCCACGAAAGGAAAUCGAUCUUCCGAAAAACAAUCCCCCGCGCGUUGGUGCAAUCACUACGCGAAGUGGGGCACGAAGAGAAAGCCAGGGUCUCGACAACGUAAACGGCAACGAGCCCGACAGUCAAUCGGCCCCGAGCACAUCGCGCGUCAGGACCAGAAGAACAGCGACCACCACAGCUAUCCCGGAAGAGGCCGUCCAUGAAACCAGCAACGAGGCACACGAAGCCUUCAAGAAGGAGUUAGAAGCCAGGCCAGAUUGGAGAAUCCCAAUAUUUAAAUAUAUAAAGGACGGCAAGCUUCCCGCCGAGAGAUGGGAAGCUCGAAAAAUAAAAGCCCGGAGUUCGCGUUAUUGUAUCAUGGAGGAAAGACUGUACAUAAGAAGUCUAGACGAGUCCUAUCUAUUAGGUGUAUCCCCUAAGGACGCGUUCACAAUCCUGAAACAAACUCACGGGGGAGCGUGCGGAAGCCACUCCGGGGGACGAUCCCUAGCAAUCAGGAUAAAGAAACUAGGCUACUUCUGGCCAACAAACGCCGAUGACAGCGAGCAAUUCGCGUUGAAAUACUGGUGA